GAAUAAUCGUUGUUUUUGUCUUUUCUGUCUUCUGUCUGUCAAAAAAAAAAAAAAGAAAAAAGGGAUACACAUGUGUGCUGACAAAUGUUGAUAUGAUGUUUCGAGCUAAAAAUGCAAUUUGAAGAUGAUUGUUUUUAAUUAUUGCACUCAUCAUAUUUGAGAGUUAGUUGUUCACUUCUAUCAUUAUGGACUCCUCUGAGCAUGAAUCAUGUGUUAGUGAAGUCAGCUCAACUAUAUCAAGGCUACGUUUGCAUAACACUCAAAACACCAAAGAACCUAAUGACGACAAAGACUCUUGUCGUAGUACUGUUGUGUCAGAAUCGGCAAGUGGAAGGAAUGUUGAAUGCGAGUUGCCACCUUUCACAAUCCCUCACUCCAGCAUUGCCCAUUCUAAUUUUCAAAUACCAAUAAUAGGAUAUGAAGUCAUGGAGGAGCGGGCUCGAUUUACAGUUUACAAGCUCCGCAUAGAAAACAAAAGUUAUGGAGAUUGUUGGUUUGUUUUCCGAAGAUACACAGACUUUGUUCGCCUUCAUUCCAAGUUGAAACGUGACUUCCCUUCAACAAGCUUGGCUCUUCCUCGAAAGAAGUGGUUUGGCGACAACUUUAAUUCUUCAUUUUUAAAUGAACGUAUUAAGGGGCUACAGGCUUUUAUCAACUCCAUUGUUGAUCAUCCACACAUGAAUGCAUCUCAAAGCGUCCGUGAAUUUUUCUGCCUUGACGAACCACCCUCAUAUGCUGAUACAGUUGAAGAUUCUAGACCAAUUUUUGAUGCAUUAGAGGAAACAAUCUAUCAUCUUCGCUGCCAGUUACGUGAUAAAGAUUGGGAACUACGACAGCUGAAAAAAAAUCUAGAAACAUUCUCUCAUCUAAGGAAUUCUUCUAAGCUUUGUACACAGUGUAAGGAGGAAGUAAAAAAAUGCGUGUUUGACAGUGAACAAGAUUUGACUGCCUCUUUGAAAUCUACAAACACCUUAGUUUUUGAUGUAUGAUGAUUUGUUUUUAAAAGGGCCUUGUUGAUCCUUAUCUUACUUCCUUACUUUGGACCAAAAACUUGUAUAAGCCUUGUCAUGCGGUCACUUUGCUUUUUUAAAAUACAAAUACACACCCUUAAUAUAAUAAGUGUACAGGUAUAUUUUUGUAAUGUUUCUCGUUUAUUUUAUGCAGUUUGUUAUUGUCUUAGAUUAUAGUUCAAAUUAUUGUUGGUAUUAUUUAAAUAUUUUUUGCCCUAGUGGCUUUUGAUAUUCAAAAUUUCUUUGCAUAUAUAGAGUACAUGAAAUCUACCUACUACUUAAGGUGUUUGACCAAAAUAUUUGACUCAGCAUUUUGUUCAAUUGUUAUUUUCAUACUUACAUAUUCUUUCCUACAAAAAGUAAUAAAUAACCUUUCAUAUCCUGUAUUAGCAUUUACACAGUGUUGAGAAAAGAAAUUUUGUUGUAACUGAGGAAGAUUAAUGUUCUAUAUCUGUUAUUAUCUUGUGCCUUUCGAUGUGUUAUCCGAACCCAAGGAACUAAAUGAAUUCUAUCAAUCUUUAAUGUCCUUGAUAUGGACCUGGGGAAACCUAUGUGAUUUCUAUGAGUGAUAGGGUAUAUUUUGGAGCAAUUGUUCGUUAUUUUGUAAAUAUUAAGUUAAAUAUUUUUAUUACCCUUUAUCGUAUCUUUUGCCUAAUAAAAAUGGAUAUUAUCCACGGAA